CGCAAUUUUCAUUCAGUAUAGUUUGACCGGCCGUCGAAUGCGGCGCGGCGUUUUAGCACACGAGUAGUUCCCUGAUCUGAAUUCAAGGUCAUCUACGCGCGAUCUCAGUACGGUGAUUUUUGAUAUUAAAUUCGACCGGACAGCUCAAUCACCUAAACCAUGGAGGCAUUGUCGCAGUCCCUACAACCCUACAAGGAGCUGGUGGGAAAUGUGGCCGCCGGAGUUACAGUCCUUCAGAUGUUCAGUGGGGCUUUCGUGUGCAACGAUAUUCGCCGGAAGGGAACCUCGGACGGCUUCUCGCCUAUGCCAUUCAUCGGCGGUAUUGCACUCACGCUUCUCUUCUUCCAGCAUGCCCUGCUGAUGAACGACCCGGCCAUGAUCCGGGCCAACGUGAUCGGGUUGGGGAUCAGCGUGGUCUACGCGGUGUUCUUCUAUCUGUACACGCCACGACAAAGCAAAGGUGCGUUCUGGAAGCAAACGGGAAUUUCCGGAGCCGUGGUGGCCGUUUUGUUGGGCUACGCACAAAUUGAAAAUCCGGACGUGGUGGAGGACCGUUUCGGGUUCAUCGUAACAAUUUUGAUGUUACUGCUGAUUGGACAACCAUUGUUCGGAUUGCCGGAAAUUAUUCGUAAGAAGAGCACCGAAGGAUUGCCGUUUCCAAUGAUACUAUCCGGUACGGUGGUCGGAUCUUUGUGGCUGCUAUACGGAAUCAUUUUGAACAAUGUCUUCAUGAUCCUGCAAAACCUCGUAGCAGUUUCGUUGAGUGGAGUUCAACUGGCCUUAUUUGUGAUAUACCCAUCGAAAGAUUCGCAGAAGAAGAAGCAAUAAACAGUUGGCUUGUCAUUAAGUAGCUUAAGUUCAAAACAGAUCCAGUAUCAGCUUAGUCAUCCGUUAGUUUUUUAGCAAUCAGUCAUAAAAUGUAAGAAUAGGAAACAACUUUUAAAAAUGAGAUUUGAUUAGAAAGUCUAGUGCAAUCUUGUCUCGUAGGACAUUCUAAUGAUGCUUUAAAGUUGAGUAUUAAUUGAGUAGAAUUGCGAAUUAUUUCAUAAUUAGUUGACACCUCAAAUUAUGUAUUUUACAUAAAUAAAUAGUAAAAAUCUCACAUAAA